GCUGUGGAAACCAACCUUGCAUCAAAGGAUAGUCACUGGGUCUAUGUAAAUGAGGAAAUCACUGAUAAUGAAAUAUUAGAGUUGGUACAUAGUGCUCUGGGGAGGAUGACAGUUAUCCGGCAAAUUUUCCCUCUUUCAAGGGACAACAGUCAGAGAUGCAUGAGGAACAAUCACCGAAUAUCAUCACUGCUGUGUGAUCCACAAGAAGGCUAUCUUCAGAUGCUGCAGGUUUCCAACCUGUACCUGUAUGACAGUGUGCUCAUGCUGGCCAAUGCUUUCCACAGAAAACUGGAGGACAGGAAAUGGCACAGCAUGGCAAGUCUGAACUGCAUGAGGAAAUCCACCAAACCUUGGAAUGGAGGACGAUCCAUGCUAGAGACUAUUAAGAAGGGCCAUAUAACUGGACUUACUGGUGUUAUGGAGUUCAGAGAAGAUGGUGCCAACCCCUAUGUUCAAUUUGAAAUACUGGGCACUAGCUACAGCGAAACAUUUGGCAAAGAUGUGCGGAGG